AUAAAGGAAAAACGCUCCCUGCUCAGGCUGAAUUGAUUCUGGUGGGUCAGAGAGGCAUUUCUGCAGUCUGAGCCAGUUUGAUGUUUUUGAGUGCCAUUUAUGGAGCCCCUGCUUUUUUGGGUUAACCUCCUUGUUGGACUCUUUUUGUCAGGAUUCUGUCUUGGCUCGUCUUUUGCUUUUCCACCAACACAUUACACGGGACAUGCUCUAUUUCAGAGACCUCGGCUUGAGCAGAGCCAGAGCUCCCAAUACGCUGUGCAGGCUCCAGCCGAGGAACGAAACAAAGUGGAUACUGUCAGGGUGAUGUGCCACCCAGACUCGCUGGAGAUUGUAAUCAAAGCUGACAUGUUUGGAGUUGGCGCGCCUGUAAACGCUCAUGAGUUGCGCCUUGGAGUGGAGCACAAUCAUGUUUGCAGAGCUACCACGUCUAAAGAAGACGAGUACAGGAUUGUUGUUGGACUAACGGACUGCGGAACCAAACACUGGAUGAGUGACGACUCUCUGGUCUACACAAACCUCCUCCUAUACUCUCCUGAGGCCUCUCCAGACUGGCUGAUCCGUAUGGAGGAGGCUGUAGUUCCAAUCGAGUGUCAUUAUGGAAGGAAGUACAGCUUGUCCAGUUUAUCACUCGCCCCUAACUGGAUCCCCUUCAUGUCUACGCAAGCUGCAGAGCAAACCUUUAAGCUUGAUCUCAGAACUAUGACAGAUAAUUGGCUGUAUACAAGAAGCUCUAAUGUGUUUUACGUUGGUGAGCCAAUCAGCAUCGAAGCCUCUGUCACAGUUGGGCAUCACAUAGGGCUCCGAGUGUUUGUGAGCAGCUGUGUGGCUACGCUUGACCCAAACAAAGACUCUACUCCCAGAUAUGUCUUCAUUGAAAAUGGGUGCUUGGUUGACUCCCAGUUUCCAGGCUCAAAGUCCCACUUCUUAUUCAGGACACGGCAUGACAAGCUCCACUUUAUCAUUGAUGCCUUUAAGUUUCAUAACGAAGACAAAGGAGAGCUCUACAUUACAUGUCAGCUGAAUGCUGUACUGGUAAAUGAUGCAGAGGCCCCAAAUAAAGCCUGCACGUUUGUCAAAGGAAGAUGGCGGUCAGCUGACAGCAAUGACUACUUGUGUCAGUAUUGUCAAAGCCAGAGUAAAGCCAGCAGCCCUGGCAAGUCUGAGCCUCAUGGGGUUGGGAAGCCACCUGAAACUCUAUGGGGAAGUGGACUGAAGACCAAUAAUGUGUUAGAACAUGAUACCACAGUGGGUCCAAUGCUGGUCUUGCCAGUUAAACCUAAAAGUUGGCCUCUAACUGUGGAAGAGCUCCCUCUCCAUAAACUCAGACCAGCACUGUAUGGCAGCCAGUGGAGAAGUGGAGUAAAUGUUGAUCUGGAGAAGGGACUGCUUCAUGCUACACCAGACCUGGUGGAUGAAGAUAUUGAAAUUAAUCUAAUAGAUGCAGAGGAACCCGGCCCCACCCCUCAGGCUGAGCUAGCUGCAGAACGAGACGGCACAGCCCACAGUGAAGUCGGUCCCACCCCUCAGGCUGAGCUAGCUGCAGAACGAGACGGCACCACCAGCACAGCCCACAGUGAAGUCAGUCCCACCCCUCAGGCUGAGCUAGCUGCAGAACGAGACGGCACCACCAGCACAGCCCACAGUGAAGUCAGUCCCACCCCUCGGGUUGGGCUGGCUGCAGAACCGGACAGUAACUCCACCACAACCCGCGGUGAAGCCAGCCCCACCACCCAGGUUGAGCUGGAUGUGACUUCAGUGUCAAAUGCAUCUGACCUUAAAGAAACCAGUGAUCCAGAGAGAUAAUAAACUAUUAAAUCUAUGCUUAUCUGA